CGAGGUCCUACACUAGUCUAGAUUAGGUCAUACUACUUUGUAUAGGCGCGCCUUGAGUAGGUAACUUAUCCCGAAUCGCACGAGUUACCCAAUUAGGCAGUAGGUGUUGAUGUGAAUGGGUGCAGGUGGUGACACCGAUGAGCCGUGGAUGCGAUUCAGGCGUCGUACACAUCGUAGGUGGCUCUCAUAACGUGAGCGUUUAUAAAAGACCCAAGACGUCGAAAUCCGUGGGUUUCCGUCGACCUUUCGAGGAGCGGAAUCAUAAUUCGUGUCACAAUGUCUCUUCUACCAUUUCUAUACGCAUCCUUCAUGCUUGCCUCUCUCGGGGCUGCAUGUCCAUCCCAUAAUGGAGCGGAAAUGCAGUUCAACUAUACUCUGGCCACUGACAGCAAUGAGAAGUUUCGUUCGAUGCAAAGAAAUAUUCCACUUGCCAUGGGAAAGAUAGCCAUCAACAAUGUACGAGUAUUUGAUGGACACCGACUGCUUCCAACUACUACUGUAGUCAUUGAAAAUGACAAGAUCGAAAGUAUUGGGCGUUGCAGCAACGCCAAUACACAUAUUGACGGGAAUGGUGGCGUCCUUCUACCCGGACUCAUAGACGCACAUGCGCAUCCGGAGAAUGUCACCGACCUUCAAGAUUUAAGCCGGUAUGGAGUGACUACGGCACUGCUCAUGGCUUGCUUCCAGCCACAACUUUGUCAGUCAUUGCAGAACCAUACUGGGCUAGUUGAUAUCGUGGCAGGGUCACUACCCGCCGCGGCACCAGGAAGCAUGCACGGGAAUAUUAUCAUCAUGGCAGAUGGCAACGGGGAUCGUCUGGUCACCAAUGCUAGCGUAGCUGCUUCAUGGGUUGACGAUGCAGUAUCGUGGGGACCGGAUUUUGUCAAGCUCAUUGCCGAAUCACCUGGUUUAGACCAACAGACACUGAAUGUUUUGACAAAGAGGUCCCAUGAGCAAGGGAAGCGCGUGGCCUGCCAUGCAUCUGCUCUCGAAGCGUACAAUCAAGCGGUCACGGCUGGCGCUGAUAAUAUCCAACACGCGCCGCUCGACACGCCGAUCUCUGCUAGCCUAGCGCAACAUAUCGCUUCCAGCGGCCAAGUAGCAACCCCAACGCUCACCAUCCUGCGAGCCAUCAGUGAUGCAUCGCCGGAAUCGCGCGACUACACGGCUGCAGAAGAGACGGUGCGACGCCUAAAGGCGGCCGGGGUGCCUAUCAUUGCCGGCACGGAUGCCAACUUGGUCCAAGGACUCAUCGCUCUAGUGCCCUUCGGGAUAAGUCUUCACGAAGAGCUUCGAUUGCUGGUCCAUGCAGGGCUAUCCCCGGCAGAGGCGUUACGAGCCGCGACCUCUGUGGCGGCAGAGCAUUGGGGAUUGAGUGAUAGAGGGGUGAUUGCGCCGGGCAAACGCGCGGAUCUGGUGCUACUCUCUGGGAAUCCUCUUGAAGAUAUUACGGCCACCCGGACUAUUCAGAGGGUCUGGCUGGCUGGCGUGGAGUUUUCUGGGGAUAUAGGGACAUUUUGAGG